AUGGCUGUCUUGAGAUUCACUUUAAGCGAGGAUGGAGUAAGUGUCCUACGGGAUGCACUGUCGUGCCUUGGAAAGUUCAGCGAUGAGGUGUCUCUAGAAGCCAAGAGAGACAAGGUCGUGUUUACCGCCCUGAACGCAUCUAAGUCGGCGUAUGCCGCCGUCACCUUGGCCACGAACCGCUUCUUCUCCAAGUACCAGUAUGCAGGCGUCGCACAACACCGCGAUAAGUUCUUCUGCAAACUCCACACACGGGUGUUGUUGUCUCUCUUCCGGAGUCGAAGUGGAGACCCCGCGCAUGAGAGGGAAAAAGACACCACGAUAGACAGAUGCGAUGUCGUCGUCAUUGAUGAGCCUGGCAAGAAGAGCAGGUUUAUUGCUCAUAUCGUCUUUCGAAAUGGAAUAACUACCAAGUAUCGGCUGCCUUUCGAGGUCACUCCCCCGGUGCAUGCCAAAUUCGAUAUAGCUGGGGCCGUGAAUAGCUGGGCUAUAUCGCCGAGGACAUUGCGUCAACUGAUGGACCACUUUGGCCCUGGAAUUGACUACUUGGACAUUUAUGCCGAAGACGAAGUUGUGAAUUUUACUUGCUUUACUGAGAAAGCUGCCAACGGCGACGAGGUCUUGAAGAAGCCACUGCAAACCUCAAUUGCCGUGGCACAAGACGAGUUCGAUAGCUUCCAGGUAGAAGAGGAAAACCUCCAUAUUGUCAUCAGUGUUAAGGACUUCCGCGCUAUCACGCAACAUGCUUCCAUUUUGGGGGUCGAGGUUCUGGCUCAUUAUUCGACACCAGCCAAGCCUAUGCGGCUCAAAUAUGACGGCGACGGCAUCAAGUGCGAGUAUCUACUAAUGACGGUAGGAGAACGUGGGGUAUCCGGUCAAAAAACCAAGAAGGCUCGAGCAAACGCAAAAGGGCCAGCUGGACCGCAGCUCGAGCAAACAGUCAGCAGGCAUUCACCUGCUCCGAUGACCUCAUCGGCUAAGACGCCGCAGUCUUACCCGAACCCCAUGCCCUCUUUAAGGCCACCUAUAGAGCGUCCAUCCCAGCGGCCUCCUCCGGCCACUCUUGAAUCUGAAUCUCUCUUUGUGCCUCAGGACAACGAUGAACAGUGGGAACCGGUCAAUGUUGAUGAAGACGGAGAGGAUGACGAAAAUGCGCGUUUGGGCUGGGAUACUAGCGGUAAUCCGAAUCCAUCUGCAAUGAAUAUACGUACCGUAAUGAGUAACGAACCAAACGAUUCCCGGCCUAGCGAAAGCAAUCAGUCAGAGCCAGAGUUAACCCAACUAGACCCAACACAGCGUCUUUCUCAAGUUCGUAGAUUCGGCCUCUUUGGCGAAUAG